GUGUAUGUUUAUUUAAUGUGCAUAUAUGUUUCUUCGAAGAUUAAAACAAACUUUUGUUGUCAUUCACUUUAAAACCGUCGAACAAAUAAAACAUGAAACAACUGAGUAAAGAUCAAAAAGACUUGCAUGAGGGUCUCAAAAUAUUUAAUUGGAUUAGACGUGUGUCCAAAGCAGUCGGAUUAUGGCCAUUGGCGCCAAAUAACUUUUUUUUUCUCAUAACAUUUAUUUAUUUUUCUAUCGUGAUAACUCUAGAGUGGAUGGAUUUUUACUACUCGCUUAAUGAUUUUGAUAAAGUUCUCGACAAUCUCACAGAAAGUUUGUCACUCUCUCAAAUUUACAUCCGAUUAAUAAUUCUUAAGUUACAAAUAAACAAACUUGGCCAAGUAAUAAAAGACACUAUAGAUAAUUUUAAUGUUGACAAAUUCAAAAGUUCAUCGGAAAUAGAAAUAUUUUUGAAUUACAUUGACGAGGGAAAAUUUUUUGUUAAAUCAAUCAUUUUAUUUAUAGUAAUGACGUUAAUUACUUGGUAUUUUGGACCACUGACAGCUCCAGCUCCAAUUGCUGACGAUAAUGAAACGAUAAUUUAUAUUUUGCCGUAUCGUGUGCCCAGUGUUUUUGAAAUAAACGACUUUAAAUCGUACGUAGUUAUGUACAUUUUUUACGGGCCUUUUAUUUUAAUUGUCGGCUCCAGUCAUGCAUCGUUAGAAUGUUUUUUAAUUACACUAGUUUAUUGCUUGAGAGGGAGAUUCGUGAUUUUAGCUGACAGAAUUGAUGCGCUUGAUGAAAAACCAGAAGUAGGGAAAAAUGAAGUCAAGGAUAUUAUUGUGGAACAUAGUAAAUUAUUGAGAUUAGGAGAAACAUUUAUAAAUGUAUAUAGUUCGUCAUUAAUGGUUUAUAUGAUGAAUGCCACUACCCUUUUGUGCAUUAUUGGUUAUAAAAUACUAAUUACUUAUAUAAAAGGAUCAAAUGCAGAUAUAGUUACGUACCUAAUAUUUAUAUCUACGAUAUAUCUUAUAAUUGCAUUAUUUUGUAUUGUCAGUGAGCGUUUGACUUCAGAGUGUGAUAAAGUGAGCGAAGCAUUUUGGAAUUGCAAAUGGUACAACAUGCCACCGAAUACGAUUAAAGAUAUCAUGUACUGUAUUCUGAGGUCGCAGAAUCCGCUGGCUCUCAAAAUUGGAGAAUUUUCAUAUUUUGGCAAUAGCACGCUGACAAUUGUCACGAAAACGGCUAUGGGAUACUUGUCUGUGCUCAGACAUUUUUUGAUAAUCGAAUAAUCCGUUUCUCAAAAGUCUGAUCAGUACAGUUUUUAUUUUUAAAGGCCUGCUAUUGAACAUGUCUAGAAAAAUAAAUCAAAAAAAUUUUUAUACUAAUGUUUUUUAUGUAAUUUCGGGAGAUAAUUUUGAAAAUCUAAUUGGAUUCAAUUAGCUUACGAUAAGAUAUUUAACGAACUAGUGUUUUUCUUUUCAUCUUAAAUAAUUACUUGUGAAUAAAAAUGAUUACAAAAACGCAAAUACAAGU